AUGGGCGUCACUAAGAUCGAGAGUGCUCAGCAAUGGAAGGAGCUUGUUGAGGACAGCACCGAGCCCGUCGUUGUCGACUUCUUCGCCACCUGGUGCGGUCCCUGCAAGGCCGUCUCCCCACUCGUCGAGAAGCUGAGCGACAGCGUCACCUCCGUCAAGUUCUACAAGGUUGACGUCGAUGAGCUCUCUGAUGUUGCCGCCAACAACGGCAUCUCCGCCAUGCCCACCUUCCUGUUCUACAAGGAUGGCCAGAAGCGCGACGACCUGACCGUCCGCGGCGCCAACCCCCCGCUAUCCAGAAGGCCGUCGCUGAUAUCUCCGCAUAAAUUGGGAUAUGAAUGGUAA